AAGAGGUUCUUUUCCGGUGUGAGCAACAGGGUGGCUGAAAGUGUGUCUGUUCCUGUUGUUAUUAAAUCUCAAAUCAUCUUCCAUAAUGAGGAUUUACAAGGACAUUUUUACUGGUGAUGAGAUGUUCUCAGAUACAUACAAAAUAAAGCUUGUUGAUGAAGUACUAUAUGAGGUAUAUGGCAAGCUUGUAACAAGAAAGCAUGGUGAUGUCCAGAUAGAAGGAUUUAACCCCUCUGCUGAGGAAGCUUCAGAGGGAACAGACGAAGCUGUAGAAUGUGGAGUUGAUGUUGUAUUGAACCACAGGCUUAGUGAAACGUAUGCCUUUGGAGAUAAGAAGAGUUUCACAGCAUAUCUGAAGGAAUACAUGAAAAAAUUAGUCCAGAAAUUAGAGGAAAAGAGCCCAGAUGAAGUUAGUGUUUUCAAAAACAAUACAAAUAAAGUCAUGAAAGAUAUUUUGGGCAGAUUUAAGGACCUUCAGUUUUACACAGGUGAAUCCAUGGACAUCGAUGGUAUGGUUGCCAUGCUCGAGUACAGAGACAUUGAUGGUGAUAGUGUUCCUGUUUUAAUGUUAUUUAAACAUGGUCUAGAAGAAGAGAAGUUUUAGGCAAGGUUGACAUCAAAAUUGAAUGGUUAAUGUGGGAUGCACUCUUAGAAGAAGUAAGCCAUCAAGUUAUCUCGGUCUGGAGUGUCAUCAUGGACAUACACAAUAUUAUGUUUACUUGUACUUCAUCUACAAUUAUACAAACAUUUUUUAAUGUGAAAAGUUUUCCAAAGACCUGAAAUUGUUUGUAAAUACUGUGACAUCAUCUGUGCUUUGUAUAUUUAUUUGUAAUGGAAGAUGGUGAGAGGAGAUAUUUGAUGCCUUGAAGUGGCUUGAAACUUCAAGAGAUCAUGAUUUUGCA